UCUCUGCCUUGCACACUCGGCUUGCCCAGGGUUUGCUGAACCAGAGCUACAGAGAUCUGAGCCGUGCAGCUGCUCAGGUGGGAGCUGGACCCUCGGCAUGAAGCAUUUCUCCUGUGAGCCCUUGGCAGCCUUUGCUGUGUUCUUCUUCACCACCACUCUCCACUAUUCCUGCUCAGCAGCAGCUGAAGAUAUCUCCAGUUUUUCGGCAAACUCCACCCUUGCAGCUGAGUACGAAGCACCAUGUCUUAACGUGAACUUCUGUGCUCAAGCAGCCGUGUGCUGCCGGACGGGUGUGGAUGAUUAUGGGUGGAUUGCUGCAGCUGUUGGCUGGAGCCUCUGGUUUCUGACCCUCAUCCUGCUCUGCAUGGACAAGCUGAUGAAUCUCCGGCCUGAUGAACCCAAAUAUUUGGCAUCCUGAAGCAAGGCACACCAGCAAGCAAGCAGCAUCUGGGAACAGGGAGGUGCAGGUGGACUGCCAAAGCAUUUCAAUCAUUUCCUAAGAAACAAAUAAGAAAGGGAACAUAUCUUCGACCAAAAGAGGCCAGAUCUAAGCAGGAUACCUGCUGUGGCUUUGCUCUCCCCAGCAGGUCAGAGCUGCCAGUCAUGGUGGGGAGCAGGCAAGUCCCUGCCAACCAUCACAUAUGUCUUAGUGCACAGAAGACCUGUUCCCUGAGCACCUUCAUGCUUUCAUGUGAGAGCAUCAGCAGUGAUGAGACACUGAAGGACCAGUUACCAGUCUAUAGCACACUGCUUUAAGCCAACCCAGUAC